AUGCCUUCACCAGAGAAAAAACCACUAAUUGAUGGUUCAAGUACAUCAGUACUGGCAGGCAAACCUCAAUCGACAACCUCACAGCCCUACAAAGAGUUCCAUGCUCCGACUUCCGGGAAACUUGAUUUCCCCUGGCAGAAGAUUGGAUCGUUUAUUGAUCCUCUGAACCCACCCAGUAUCGAAGAGUUGAAGGCCAUAAACAUGGAUUCUGGUGACUACCUCAUUCAAAACUACCUAAAAGAUAAAUAUUACUCAGACUUCUAUUACAAUUGUUCCUUGAUAGUUGGUACCUGUUUGUUUGCGUGGCUUAUAGCAAGAUUAGGAGGUGGUUUAUUUUCGCUUGGCUUUGUCUUGAUUUGCGCCUCCGCCUCAUACCGGAAUGAGUUCAGACGCUUCAAUAGAAACCUGAGGGAUGAUAUGUUGAGACUCAGUGCUGCGAAGCAUUUAGAGAACAAAGUUGAAACCAUGGAAUGGUUAAACAGUUUCCUUGCCAAAUUUUGGGUAAUUUAUAUGCCUGCCCUGAGUGAAAUGGUGAUUACCCAAGCAAACACUGUGCUUAAAGAUGUAGCACCGCCUCCACCAAUUGAUAAACUGACUUUGGAUGAGUUUACUCUCGGUACAAAAGCACCCAAGGUUGAUAGCAUCAAGUCUUUCACGAAACUUGGUAAAGAUGUCUGGCAGAUGGAUUGGGAUUUUGGUUUUACUCCCAAUGAUACAGAUGAUAUGACCAAGAAUGAACUCAGAAAAAAGAUUGACCCGAAGGUCGCUCUUGGAGUCAGAGUUGGUAAAGGUUUCGUGGGAGCUUCUCUUCCAAUCUUAGUUGAGGAUAUGUCGUUCAAGGGAAAAAUGAGAAUCACGAUGAAACUGAGCAACAACAUGCCACAUAUAAAGGUUGUGUCUAUUUCGUUCCUAGAGCCCCCUUCAAUUGAUUAUGCUUUGAAGCCUGUUGGUGGUAACACUUUUGGUAUUGACAUAAUGUCUAUGAUUCCUGGGUUGUCUUCUUUUGUCAACAGCCUGAUUCAUGCAAAUCUUGGACCUAUGUUGUAUGCUCCCAAUUCCCUUGACAUUGAUGUUGAAGAAAUAUUCGAAGGCAUGUUGCCUGAGGCUAAAGGUGUGCUUGCGGUCAACAUUAGAGGUGCAGAAUACUUCAAGGACUCCAAUAUUAGUCCAUAUGUCGAGUUUUCGACUGACCAAGGUGCUGUUGAUCCAUGCGUAACUGAUAUCAAAGCAAAGACCAAUGCUCCUAUUUUCAAUGAAUUGAAGUACCUUUUAGUCAACGAUCUGAAUCAAAAGCUCAAUUUCAAGCUCUUGACAUUUGAUGAAGACGAGGUACAGGAGCUAGGAUCAUCUUCAUUUGAAUUGCUUGAUCUUAUGCAAAAGGAGGUUCGAGAGAAGGUCGAAAGCAAGUUGACUAGACAAAACAAGCGGGUUGGGAAGAUCGUGUACGAUCUGAAGUGGUUCCCAGUUUUGGAAGGUAAAACUUUGGAUGAUGGAACCAAAGAAGCUCCUCCAGAAUCAGAAGUUGGUAUUUUCAGGUUUGUCCUGCAAUCUGCGAGAGAUCUUGAUACUUCCAAAUCAAUGCUUGGCAAGCUAUCCACGUUCACCGAACUUUACUUCGGUGAUGAGCUUGUCUCUACAUCCAGAGUCGUCAAGAGUUCUAACGAACCGGAUUUCAAGCUUGUAUUCGAAAAAUUGGUCCAUUCUAAGUCCACUACCCCAGUUAGAAUCCUAGUCAAGGACACUUCUUCUUAUGGAACACCUGUCAUUGGACAAUACACUUCCUCUUCUUUGAAUGAUCUUAUCUUCUGUACUCUUGAAGGGAAAGAUACCAUUUCUCUCACCUCUGGGAAGGGAUACUUGCGGUUCAAGGCUGUUUGGAAACCAUUGGCUGCUUUGGGUAUGGGUGAAAAAAUCACCUUCGUUCCUCCAUUAGGAACUAUCAGACUCAACAUCAAAAAAUGUGAAAACCUCAAGAACUUGGAGACCAUUGGUAGCAUUGAUCCUUACGUUAGAGUACUUAGCGGUGGAAGGGUUGCUGCACAAACUCCAGUGGUUAAGGAUGAACUCAACCCUGUGUUUGACGAAGUUAUGUACAUUCCUUUGAUUUCCGAAAAUCAGAAAAUCACAUUGGAUUGUAUGGACGUUGAGAAGUCGACUGAUGACAGAUUAGUUGGUUCUGCUUCAAUUUCUCUGCACAAAUACAUUAAAAGGAACGAAAAUGGAAACUAUCUUGCUUACGAAGGCUCUUCAAAACUGAUUUCAAAACCACUCGUGUACAAAGAGAAAGAGCAGAGGGGAACAGUUUAUUACUCCAUCUCGUUCUACCCAACAAUCCCCGUGUACUCCCAAAAGGAAUUGAAGGAGAGAAAGAAAGCGAAGGAAGUGGACAGGGAAGCUGAACUAGAAGAAUUAAACGAGCAGGCAAAAAUGAUGGAAGACUAUAAAAAACAUCCUAAUGAGUACGAAUGGUACUCGGAUAACGAAGAUGAAGAAGUUGGAGUUCAUAAAAAAGAAAUGUCCUUCGAACAGCUGGUGUCUCACAACUCGGGUGUAUUGGGUAUUAACGUUAUCUCUGGAAAGCUUUUUAAGCCUGACUGUUUUGUUCAGUUUCUGCUGGACGACCGUGCCUUCCCUGAUUAUAUCACCAAAAAAUCCCAAGGACGUCAUUUAGGAGCCGAUGCAGGCAGCGCUUUCAUUAGGGAUUUGCAUAAUGCUACCGUUUUGCUUCGUAUAACCACGAAGGAGAAUGUCAGAAAAAAGAAUGAAGUGAUUGCUCAGAAGGAAUUUAAAGUUAGUGAUUUACUCAACAGGGGCUUCAAAGAACCUACCGCUCUUGACAUCGAUGGUAAUUCCAUUGAAGCCCAGUUUGAAUAUAUACCUACCGCAAUUCCGCCUGGAGUGUCCGAAUCUAUGGAUGAUACUGGACUUCUGAGUUUGAACAUCGUCCGUGCUGUCGGAUUGAUGGCAGCAGACAGAAACGGAAAGUCUGAUCCAUUUGUCACUAUAACUGUGAAUGGUAUUCAAGUUUACAAAACCGAAAAGGUCAAAAAGACUUUGAACCCAGUUUUUAACGAGCAAGUCACUAUUCCUGUCAAGUCUAGAAGCAGGACUGAAGUCAAAACUGUCGUUUAUGACUGGGACGUUGCUGGAGAAAAUGAUUUGCUCGGCUCGGCUCCUAUUGACCUUACUAAACUCAAGCCAAAAGAAAAAGUGCCGUUUGAAGUUCGUCUGGAUACCCAAGGAUCCGUUUUCUUCGAAGGCUACUUUGAACCUAAGUACAUGAGACCUGAGCUUUCUGAGUCUGGAGAGCUUGCAGGCCUUGCUGGUGUUCCAUUGAAACUAGUCGGAAGCGCAGCUGGUUUAGUUGGUAGCGCAGGAGCAGGCGCUGUGGGUGCUGGCAUGGGCGCCAUGGGCGCAGGUGUUGGUGCUGUCGGGGCCGGAGUUGCAGGUGUUGGCUCCGUUGGCGGAGGAUUGAUGAGAAAGUUUGGAGGGAAAAAGAAAUCAUCAAUGGACUUAAACAGGAACGGCGAUGGACAACAGUCCCCAAACCAGAUCAAUGAUACACAAUCUAUUCAGUCCAUUAAAACAGGAUCACAAGCUUCCUCCCCAUUCAAAGCCAGCCAUCAAAGACAAAACUCGGACAUGACAUCAUUCACUUCGACCACGUUGGGUAGCAAUACACUUCCCGGCAGAGUUACGAUUGUGGGGCUGAGUGGUGCCAGUGAAAAGGAUCAAUUGCAGGUCAAAGUGUCGCUGGUAUCUUCUUCGAAAAACCGUGAGAUUUACAAAACCAAGUCUCAAAAAGCGGACCCUACUGGACUUAUUUCUUGGAGAGAGUCAGUACCAUUCAAAGCCCCACCAGAUGCAAAACUUCUAUUUCAGGUUAGAACUCAUCACACCUUUGGUAAAUCCACAGACUAUGGAGAAGCCCAGUUGGCACUUGAAGAAGUAGUGGGCAAUCCGAGCGAUUUCAAUCUCCCUGUGGCAAAUGGUGAGCUAGUGGUCAACUUUAGCUAUGGUUCCAGCAACUAG